UCAAGAAUUUUCCAAUAUCACGGACUCGGUUAAAGAGAUAACACACGAAUAGCUACAAGGGAUGAAUUGCACUAGGGGCAGAUACCUAAAUCACAGAUCUAGACUGAAUGUCGAAAGAACAUGGAGGCCAUUCGGAUUCACAGGGAACAUCCCGUGUGACCCUGACACCAGAAAUGGACCCGUUCCGCAGGGCUCAGAUCAUCCUACUGUGUGACACUUGUAAAACUACCCAGCUACAGAGUCACUGUGAACUUUGUCAAAUAAAUCUCUGCAUUAACUGUGUUGGUAAACACCUCUCAGAUUCCUCUAAAAAACACAAUGUCGUGCCUUAUAUACACAGAGGUUCUACUCCUAACUAUCCAAAAUGUCCGAAACACGCCGAAAAACAUUGCGAAAUGUUUUGUGAAAAAUGUGAUAUUCCUGUCUGUUCUAUCUGUGUCACCUCUGGGAUACAUGAAGGUCACAACUUAUCAGAUGUUUUGGAAAAACUCAGCUCUAAAAUCAAAAAUUUACAAAAAGAUUUGGAAGAACUAGAGACCAGAAUCCAUCCCCGAUAUCAAGCAAUGGCAUCCAAUGUCCAAACCGAGGAAACCGAGUUAGAAGGGCAUUGCAGGAAACUGACAACAGCUGCCGACCAACAAGGUGAAGUCUUGCACCAAGAGAUCACCGCCAUUGUCAAUCAACGGAAAUCUGAAAUCCAGGAGAUGAAAUUUGAGUACCUGGACACUCUUAGAAAAAAAAGAGAUGGAAUUACAAACAGAAUUACAGAACUCAGACAUAUAAUUCUGGAUUUGAAGAAAAUGCUAGAUUCCAAUGACGUCUACUUAACAACUACAUACAAAUCUAGAAAUUCCGAAUUUAGAACAUUACCUCCUAAAUUCCGAGUCGCAUUACCGAGUUUCUCUCCUCAGAAAAUAAACAAAGAUCAGCUCAAUGAAAUGUUCGGUUCUCUAUCGCCAUUAUCUAUUAACACAGAAGAUGGUGACACAAUGAAGUCAGCAGAAGCUGUAUCGUCUCCUCCAGUCAAACCAUUACUUGAUGAACCGCGACUCACCGCCACCAUAGACACUGGGUAUAGACCACUCAGUGUUAGUUGUCUUAAUGAAGAACAAAUCUGGACACGUGGGAAUAACGAAAUAAUAAAACUCCUUAACCUUCAAGGCAAACUACUGACAUCCAUACAAACCGAGUCUGGGAACUGGCCACGAGACUUAGCAGUGACACGAGUCGGAGAUCUUGUUUAUACUGAUUUUGAUAAAAGAACAGUAAAUCUAGUAAAUGAUAAACAGAUACAGACUAUUGUCCGACUAAAGGGGUGGAGACCCUGGAAUGUUUGCUGUACCGCCUCCAACCAUCUCCUGGUUACCAUGAUCAGUGAUGAUAGAAAACAAUCUAAAGUUGUACGUUUUUCUGACUCCACAGAAACACAAUCCAUUCAGUAUGAUAAUAUGGGUCGUCCUCUUUAUUCAUCUGAUGACAUUAAAUACCUCAGUGAAAACAGGAACCUGGAUAUCUGUGUGGCUGACUGUGAAGCUAGGGCAGUAGUGGUAGUCAAUCAGUCAGGAAAACUCCGAUUUAGAUACACUAGUCAUUCCUUUAAUACCAAGGAAUUAUUUGAACCAGUCGGCAUUACUACAGACAGUCAGAGUCACAUCCUGACAGCAGACUUUAACAAUCACCGUAUCCACAUCCUAGAUCAGGACGGACAGUUCCUCCGUUACAUUCACAACUGUGGUUUACAAUGGCCAUCAGGUUUAUGUGUGGACAGCAGAGACAACCUCUUUGUGGCUAAUGGAGAUAAAAAAGUGAAGAAAAUUCAAUAUCUAUAAAGACCGUGUUCAUUACACAUCUCACGACUCUGUUUUGAUGCGUAUUCUGUUUGUUCAUUAUAUUUUUCAAUUUAAGUAUUAUCAUGAAAGCCGAAGAUAACUAACAGUGAUCAAUCUCAACUCCUAUAAGCAAUAUAAAAAAUACAAAGUUUGGCAAACACCAAUCCCUUUAUCUAUCCGUGCAUAUACAAGGUGAAGAUAACGAACAGUGAUCCAUCUCAUAACUCCUACAAGCAAUACAAAAUAGAUAGUUGGGCAAACACGGACCCUUCGACAUACCAGAGGUGGGAUCAGGUGCCUAGGAGGAGUAAGCGUCCCCUGUUGACCGGUCACACCCGCCGUGAGCCCUAUAUCUUGAUCAGAUACAGACCAUUGUCCGACUAACGGAGUGGAGACCUUGGAAUGUCUCCAAUACCGUCCCUAAUGAUAUCCUGGUUACCAUUGUCAGUGAUGAUAGAAAACAAUCUAAAGGUGUACGUUAUUCUGACUCCACAGAAACACAAACUAUUCAGUUUGAAAAUAUGGGUCGUCCUCUUUAUUCAUCUUAUGUUAUUAGAUACCUCAGUGAAAACAGAAACCUGAAUAUCUGUAAGGCUGACCGUGAAACUAGUACAGUAGUAGUGGUCAAUCAGUCAGGAAUUAGAUACAGUAUACAUUCUUCUAAUACCAAGGAAUUAUUCGAAACAGUCGGUAUCGCUACAGACAGUCAGAGUCACAUCCUGACAGCAGAUUAUGACGAUCACCGUAUCCACAUCCUAGAUCAAGACGGACAGUUCCUCCGCUACAUUCACAACUGUGGUUUAUAUGGUCCAUACGGUUUAUGUGUGGACAUCAAAGACAACCUCUUUGUGGCUAAUGGAGAUAAAAAAGUGAAGAAAAUUCAAUAUCUAUAAAGACCGUGUUCAUUACACAUCUCACGACUCUGUUGGUUACAGUUGCUUGUUAUCACAGCGAAAAACUAAUGUUAAUUACAUCUAUUAAUUGCAGCAAUGUAUUGUUAAUUACAGCAGUGUUUCAGAUGUGUGUUUGAAUGUUGAAUAGUUUUCUGAUUCUUCAUUAAAUUUUGAUGCGUAU